AUGCCUGUUACAAUUUCGAGUCCAAAUUAUCCAAAUUCAUUCAAUGUUGGUGAUCAUUGCAUUUGGCUAAUUACAGCACCACCUGGUGGAAUAGUAAAUUUUCAAUUUAUUGAACAAUUUCAAUUACAAUGUGAAGAUACAUGUGAUAAGUCUUAUGUAGAAAUUAAAAUUGGCGCUGAUUUUCGACUUACUGGAUAUCGAUUUUGUUGUACGAAAGCUCCACAUCAUAUCUUUCAAUCUAUCACAAACGAAAUGAUAGUUAUAUUUCGUGGUUUUGGUGAAGCUGGAAAUGGCUUUAGAGCUAAAGUUUGGUCGAAUGUAGACUAUCAAAUAGUUAAUAAAACUGUAUCAAAUAAAAUAUCUGAAAUUCCGGAAGAACUAUUGAAAUUAACAAUUCCAACAGUUGUAACUACAACAAUUGCGAUAGCAACAACAAUAACAACAACAACAACUGCUACCACUACUACUACUUCCACAUAUGCAAGAAAAUUACGGAUCACGAGCAUUGCUAUCACUAGUAUUCCGGCUAAUAUCGUUACUACUACUAUUGCCGGUACAGUAUCAAUUCCCUCAACUAUCACUACUAUGCCUAUAGUAACUGACAAGAACGGAAAUCAACAUCUAUGCGAAUGUGGUGAAUGGACAGAAUGGAGUGGACCAUGCACUCAAGAGUGUGGCGGUUGUGGAAAACGUCUUCGGACACGUCAAUGUUCGUCAGACGUAAAUUGCAGAACGGAAGAAAAACGCGCAUGCGCUUUUAACGUUUGUCCAUAUGGAACUAAUUUCCUUAUUAAUAAUGGAGAAUUUCAUAUACUUUGGAAGGGUUGUUGUGUUGGUCUGUUCCGAUCGGGAGAUACGUGUUCUGCGCUUGAUGAUGGCGAAAAUCCAUUUUUGAAGUUUUUAGAAACAUUAUUAAGCGUACAAGAUAUUCGACGAAGCAGAAAUUUACCUGACAUGACGAAUUGA